CCGAAACCAUUCUUCAUUCUUGCAUCGCCGCCAUGUCCGAUGAGGAGGAGGACUAUAUGUCCAUGGUCAUUGAAGAGCCCACUCAAAAAGAGACCUUCACCCAACGCAAACGACGUGAACAACGAGAGGCUGAAGCCCGCGGUCGAGUCCCCUCCAAAGCCGAACGCGCCGCCCAGGAAGCCGCCCGCCGCGAUGAGGCUCUCGCCAAAAGUACCCUAGACCCCUCAAACAAGGGUUUCCAGAUGAUGGCCAAGCUAGGCUUCAAACCUGGUGAAUCGCUCGGUAAACGCGAUCCCCCCGGCCCCGCGACCGCAUCGACGACGACGAGGACAGAGUCCGACCCGUCGUCGACGCAUCGCCCGGUCAGCGCCCGCGCAGAGCCAUUAAACCUCAUCUUCAAAGAGGGCCGGGGCGGAAUUGGCCUAGAUAGUGAGAAGAAGCGGAAAAUCCGGGAGGAGGCGGCAGAAGCCACUAAAAAGAUAAAGCAGGACGAGGGUGAUUAUCGGGAUCGGGUGCGCGAGGAACGGGAGUCUCGACGCGCCGAGGCGCACGUUCGUGCUGCGCAGAAAGUUGCGGAGAGGUUGGAUGCCGAGGCGGAGAAUGAGGCUGAGUCUUCCUCUCCAGCUGAAGCUGGGGAACAGAGCGAGCCUCAGUCUCGAGAGAACGAUAUGUCAGAGUCACAAACACGGUCUAAUGCUGGUGACGAUUCUAACAGCGAUGACAAUGACAUACCCGGCCGGACUAAUUCGCAGGACGAAUCUCGCAAGGCCGGUGCGACGAGAAAGAAGCACUACAAACCGACUGCCCAGCUCAACGUCCUCUACCGCGGUCUAGUCCGCGAGCGCGAAGAACGCGAACGGUCUAUUCAAGCCCGGCAUGCCCUUCAAACGUCCCUGCCGUCCUCCUUCUUUCCUCGGGCUAAGUUACCGGGCUACACGGACGUUACUCUGGAUGGUGAUGAUCAGCAGGCACUCGGCACGAGGGAACCGUAUACCGCGAUUGUGGAGCAGGAGGUGGAAGAGGAGGAUCCCGAGUUGGAUGCUUUUAAUGCCCUUGAACCGGCGGAGCGACUGCAGCGAUUGGUGAUGUAUCUGCGGGAGACGUACCGAUAUUGUUUCUGGUGCAAGUAUCGCUAUGAAACGGAUGAUGAGUUGGAGGGUUGUCCGGGGUUGACGGAGGAGGAUCAUGAUUGAAGCUGCAGCUGCUAUAACCUCUUCUAAACUGUACGAACACCAACAUUACGAAUAGACAAAAGAUAAGC